AGAGAGGGAGAGAGAGGCGGGGAGAUAGAGAGGUAGACAGAGAGAGAGAGAGAGAGAGAUGGCGCCUCGAACUCGAUCCUGCUCUCACUGAGGCAGUGUUCAGAGCCGGUCAGAGAGAUUCAGUAAGGGGCAGACAAAAGAAAAAAAAACAUGGUGAACACAAGGAAAAGCUCACGGACUAGGAGCGGUCCCUUCAUCUCGUCAAGGACUAGGUCGUCGUCGAGAAACGAGCGAAACUCUGAGGAACAUAAGGAACCCAGCAGUGAUGCGAGCAGUCCCAGCAGUCCACGGUUUGCACCGCCUUCCAAGCGCACACGGCGGCAGACUGCCUCUGAGCCAAGCUCCAGUGAUACCUCCCCGUCCCCUCAGACUAAGGGCCAGAGGGUCAGCUGGGGCAUUCCUACCUACUGCACAAGACUGUCGUCUCGCAUCAUGCAAAAUGGGCAUGCCCAUAUGAGUCACCGGAAUGACGAGAGUGGAGGGGGAGAUCACUCUCAUAUGAAUGGCCAUGUGGAGCUGAAGAGGAGCUGUCGGGUGAAGAAGAGCCAAUUUGAACACCUCAAUCAGAGCCUGCUGUUUGACCAGCUGGUCAACAGCACCGCUGAGGCUGUUCUUCAGGAGAUGGACAACAUCAGCAGCAUCAGGCAGAAUCGUGAGGUGGAGCGCCUUCGCAUGUGGACCGGAGAAACUGAGGAGGAAAACAUGGACAUGUAUUCACGGGUGAAACGCAGGAAAUCCAUGCGCAGGAGUACUUUCAACAUGCCCGCGCAUCACAAAGUCAUGGGCAAAACAGAGGAAGAGGAGGAAGGAACAGAAGAAUCUCAUGGUGAGGAAGAGGAGGAAGAUGCAGAGGAUGAUGAUGAAGAUGAUGAAGGAGAUGAAGCAGAGGAGGCAGGGGAGGAAAAUGACAGACCGUACAAUCUGCGGCAGCGUAAGACAGUGCAGAGAUAUGAAGCACCGCCUAUUGAGCCAGUGAACAGAAAACAGAGCAACCCCUCACUUUUUGACACCCACAGAUCCCCAGCAAGGAGAAGCCAUAUAAGAGUGAAGAAACACGCCAUUCACAGCAGUGACACCACCUCAUCUUCUGAUGAAGAACGCUUUGAGCGCAGAAAAAGCAAGAGCAUGACUCGGGCCAGGAACAGGUGCUUGCCCAUGAAUCUGACGGCUGAAGACCUGGCUAGUGGGGUGCUGCGUGAUCGAGUGAAAGUGGGUGCAAGCUUGGCUGAUGUGGAUCCAAUGAACCUUGACCCCUCAGUAAGAUUUGACAAUGUGGGUGGUCUUAGGAAUCACAUACAGUCACUAAAGGAAAUGGUGGUAUUCCCUCUGCUGUAUCCUGAGAUCUUUGAGAAGUUCAAGAUUCAGCCUCCCAGAGGGUGUUUGUUCUAUGGCCCACCAGGCACAGGAAAGACCCUGGUUGCGCGGGCUCUUGCCAAUGAGUGCAGUCAUGGUGACAGGAAGGUUUCCUUCUUCAUGAGGAAAGGAGCCGACUGCCUCAGCAAGUGGGUUGGUGAAUCAGAACGGCAGCUACGCCUGCUCUUUGACCAGGCUUACCUUAUGAGGCCAUCCAUAAUUUUCUUUGAUGAGAUUGAUGGUUUGGCUCCUGUUCGCUCCAGCAAGCAAGACCAGAUACACAGUUCUAUUGUGUCAACUUUGCUGGCCUUGAUGGACGGCUUGGACAGUCGAGGGGAGAUAGUGGUCAUUGGUGCUACAAACAGACUUGACUCUAUCGACCCGGCACUCAGGAGGCCUGGACGCUUUGACCGGGAGUUUCUGUUCAGCCUGCCCGAUAAGAAGGCCAGAAAGCACAUUUUGGAGAUCCACACACGGGACUGGAAUCCCAAAUUGUCUGAGCCAUUUUUAGAUGAACUUGCAGAAAAAUGUGUCGGCUACUGCGGUGCUGACAUCAAAGCACUUUGCACAGAGGCAGCCUUGAUGGCGUUGCGCCGCCGCUAUCCCCAGAUCUAUGGCAGCAGCGUCAAACUGAAGCUGGACGUCGCCUCUAUCGUCCUGGGGCCUGGUGACUUCAGCAAAGCAAUGAGGACAAUUGUCCCAGCCUCCCAGAGGGCUUUGGCUCCCCCAGGCCGAGCCUUGUCCCCAACCCUCAGGCCCCUGCUGGCCACUUCUUUCUCCUUGGUGCUGAAAGCUCUGCUCCGAGUCUUCCCCCAUGCUCAGUGUACUGACAGGGACAACACACACGUGCUAGGCGGUGACAAUCAUCUGCUAGAAGAGGACCUGUAUAGCGACGAUGACAAUGAGGACGGCUCUGCUUCCAUUUAUGAAGUCCAGCCUGCUGCAUCCCCAAAGAGUCAGCUCACCUCUUCUGCAAUGCACAGACCCUUCCUCCAUUUCUCCUCCUCUGCCCUCCAACAGCCCACAGCAUACCGGCCUCGUCUGCUCCUGGCAGGGGCCCCGAGCUCAGGACAGAGUUCCCACUUGGCCCCUGCCUUGCUGCACCACCUGGACAAGCUACCAGUACACCGCCUGGACUUGCCCACUCUCUACUCCGUCAGCGCCAAGACGCCAGAGGAGUCCUGUGCUCAGGUAUUCCGCGAGGCUCGCCGGAGCGUGCCCAGUGUAGUAUACAUGCCACAUAUCUCAGAGUGGUGGGACACAGUAAGUGAUACUGUGAAGAGCACCUUCCUCACCCUGCUGCAGGAUGUGCCCUCUUUCUGCCCUGUCCUUGUCCUCGCCACAGCUGAAACUCACUACUCAAAGCUGUCAGAUGAGGUGAGAAGUAUAUUCCAGAGGACCUAUGGGGAAGUAGUUGCACUGUCCCCUCCGGGAGAAGAGGAAAUACGGCACUUCUUCUCUGACCUCCUGUUGGUUCAAGCAGCCAGGCCUCCACCACGCCUCAGGAAUGCAGACAAGUGUGAAGAGGUUCUGCCAGUGGCGGAGGCUCCAGGCCCGAGAGUCCUUUCAGCAGAGGAACAGCGUCGCCUGGCUGAACAGGAGGAGAACACAUUACGGGAGCUCAGGCUCUUUCUCAGGGACGUGACCAAGCGCCUGGCCACUGACAAACGUUUUAACAUCUUCAGCAAGCCAGUUGACAUUGAAGAGGUGUCAGACUACCUGGAGGUGAUUAGGCAGCCCAUGGACCUAUCCACUGUCAUGACAAAGAUUGACACCCACCAGUACUUGACAGCCAAGGACUUCUUGGUGGACAUUGACCUCAUCUGCAGUAAUGCUUUAGAAUACAAUCCUGACAAGGACCCUGGAGACAAGGUGAUCAGGCACAGGGCGUGCAGUUUAAAGGACACAGCCCAUGCCAUAUUCGCUGCCGAGCUGGACCCUGAGUUUGAUCGCAUGUGUGAAGAGAUUAAGGAGGCACGCAGGAAGAGGGACCUUCUGACGCCGGCUCAGCUGUCAGCAGUUCCGGGUGCUGGUGCAACCAGGAAGCACCACAGUGUGGGAGAGGAGCAACCCAGGAGCAGCACUCAGGGUGAUGCCACUGAGAAACAUUGCACCACUAAUCAUGUAAAGCGGAAGGUUCGGAGGCGGCCAUCGUGGGGGCGGGGCAUCAUACGGAAAAAGAAGAACUACAAGAAAGGGACAGAGGAGGAAGAGGAGGAGCCUGAAGCAGAGGUGGAAGCAGCAGGGCCCAGCGACUCAUGUUUAACACAGGAUGAGGAAUCAUCUUGCGAUAUUACAGGUCCCCAACCCAAUGGCCAUCAUCCACAUGUCCCCUCCACAGAAGAAGAAAGCUCCAAUGAACCCCCUGUUGCAGCUCCCGAUAAAUCUCCAGAUGCUAGCGAAGCCAGAGAGGCGCCAAUGCCUAAGGUUGAGGAGCCUGCAGCUAAAGAAGCAGAGCCCGAGAUCACAGGGAAACACACCGAACCACAUUGCCUUGGUGGUAGUUCUCAGCCCAACAUAGAUGGGGAUAACGAGGCCAGUCGGGCUCACUUCCAGCCUUUGAUUGAAAUGUCGGUGUCUUCAGAUGCUGAGGACCAGCCUAAGCACACAGAGGUUCUCCUGGUUUCACAAGUGGACUGUGUGAAUGGAAAUGAGUCAAUGGACAGCCUUGACUUGCAGAGCCUCAAGGGGAGCAGUGAGGCAGAGACAAGGACUCCUCAGAGCACGGCUGAGGGCUCUAAUAGAGCUGAACAGGAUGAGCACAAAGACAAAAAUGAGAGCAAACCAACUCAGGAGCAGCAUCCUCAGGAUGGAGUGGCAGUAACGGAAACUGUUGAGGAAGAUCAUAACAAAGAAGUGGGGACAUUCAACAGUAGCUCAUCAGAGCAGUUGAAGGAGUCCGCUGAAAGGACCGAGGAAGAGCCACAAGCAGUCCCUCCCCAUCCUCCAGUGGUAAUUGACCACCAGCGACUUUUGGCUCUACUGGAUAUGGUGGUGAAGAAGAGUGAGGGCUACAGUGUGGAGCAGCUGGAGCGAUUGUACUCCCUACUCAGCCAGUGCAUCUAUAAGCAUCGUAGAGAGUACGACAAGACCCAGCUACUCGAGGAGAUGGAGGAGAGAAUCCAGCGUUUUGAUACAUUCCUGUGAAAUGGAGAGAAUAUACCCAUCAGGUAGAUCCUGAACAGCCUGGGACCACAACAACAACAACACACAAAACUGAGUGAGCACGAGUGGAGGAGCUUCAGCCCUCAACACAAAAACACCACACAGGAAAAUCCAGCACCCUCCUCGUCGCUGGGAGGGAACAAAGCGAGGAUGAGGACAGAGACAUUCAAUGGUGCUAUUGUCUCAGGAACCUGGCCACAUCCAGACGCAUACUACACAACCAAACCCCUGGAGGUGUGUCAGCCACACUUGUAUACACACACACACAGACACGCGUGCACACAAACCGACAGUGGCGGGCAACCCUGGUGCUACUCGGGUGCUAUCCUCAACUUUAUCCGUGCUGCUCUCGGGAAGAUUUCUUCUUAAGUUUGGACGACUAGAAAAACCAACAGAUGGGGUGAUGUCAUAUCACAACGUGGCAGCGCAUACACGCCGAAACACUUGACACCAGUAUGCAUGCAUUUCUACAAACAGACACACUCACUCAGACCCUCACCAGCAGAAGUGUGAAAGCAGCGUGCCGCCAGGAGACGAGGACGGGGAGUGAAUGGGCGACCUACGUCAGCGAGCCCUCCUGCCCUCGAGUGGAGCGCUUCAUCAUAGGCCAGUUGUUACCGCGCUAUUGUGCGACCUUUUUUGUUGUUGUUUUGUUUUGUUUCCUCUUCUCUCUGCCCUUUUAGCUACUUGAUUAGUUCCAUAUCUGAGCCACAAUCACCCAGAAGAAUAGUUUACAAAGAAGUUUUUUACCGUAGACACAAACUCGAUGAGGUUAGCACAGCAGGACUAGAAUCAAUUAUGUCCUCUUCAUUAUGGCGGUCAUCAAGCGUGGAAAGCCGUUAGCCCCCUCAGCGCUGGUCUCAGAGUUACUGGUGAACAAGCGUAGCGUCGCCUCGGGGUCAUCUGUAAAAACCUCCUCACUCGAAACAUUCGCUGGCAGACCACCUCUGGCGUUCACAGUCUUAGCGGAUUGUUAUGUCCUAAAUAGUUGUGCCAGCGCAAACCCCCGACUCCUCUUCACUAGAUUCACAGUAUGAAUGUUUUCCCUCCUGCUCCAGCAGCGCCCGCCAGUUGAUUUUUAUUUUUUUCCCCCCUUUCUUUCUUUUUUUAACCCCCCUACCGACACACUCCUGCUGAGGAACUGGAAGCAGUACAAAUUGGAAGGCGUCUGUACUUUUUUGCACUGCCUAGCGUGUGCCUUAUUUCAAACCUCAUAUGAAAGUGGUAUAUUUAGCAGGAUAUUUGUUUUUACUACUCGUGACAAUGAACAGGCUCCCAAGUUGGGGGGGAGGGUAUUUACCACCGAGGUCACAGGGACCUUGAGGCAACAACGACUAAAAAUGAUUAUCUUACCGCCAUUAGAUCGAUUAAACAUAUCUACGUUAUUCACCUCUAGUUAAUUUUGAACUCUUUGGCCAAGAAAUAAGUGGAAACAGUGUUGUGGUCAAAUACAUCUCAGAUGAUGUUCAAAUAUUUAAAUUUAUUCAUGUUUCUGUAAUAAAACCUCAGACCAGUCGGCGAAGGUCAGUCUCCACCUGAGCAGGACAGCAGGUGGAAGGAGAGGUUGGUGACACCGGCCUUCAGUUUUUUUUUCCUCUCUCUUUUUUUUUAAAUAUGCAAAAAAAAAACAAAAAAAAAACCGGAUAAAAAACAAAGGAAUAAAUGAAAUAAAGCAAGUCAAAGGAUUCAUCGUGCCAAGUGUUAUCUCACUCACUCAGAAGGUGCUGACAAAACGGUGCCUGUUCACCGGCAUUCUGUUUCAACUCUGAAAAUGUUCUAUUAAUCCUAAAAAACUUUGUGUUAUGUUUUAUAUUUUGUAACUUUUUUCUACGUAUUUUUUUUUUAAUAAAAUCGCUUUGCUUGAAUUGUUUUUACAUGGGUUGUGAAUCCACACUGAACAAAGGCCAUUCUAGGCAGUGCCCGUCACUAAAGUGUGUAAAAAGCAUUACUUGUUGUUUUUGUUUUACGUGUGUGUACCGACUUUAUGGAUCUGUUCCGCUCUCUUCUCUUUCAACGUCAGACAAGCGAAGCUGGAUUUUCACCUGUGGCCGACACAGCAUAUGUUUUUCCGACUGUAGUAAAUCAAGAUACUUACAGAAGCUUUAUAAGGUGGCAUUUUUCUUUUUCUUUUCUCUGUGUGUGUUUGGAAGAUGCCAUAUUUUGAACAGGUGUAGACUGGAGAAGCCCGCCCCCCACUCCCCUACCCUCUACCCCGUCGUCUUUCUUCAUCUCUCUCAAUGCACUCUCUUGUCCGGUCCUCAAACCUCUCGGUGCGACUCUAACCCCAGCUCACCUCUGCCUUUUCUCGGAUUCAAGGUGGCAAAAAAAAUCAAGAGCGUAUGCAAACUGGCAAUGGCAGGUUAGCACUUGGACUACUGCAGAGGGGAAUAAAAAACCAAUGCUACCUCAGCUUAAUUUAUUUUAAAGCGAAAACUGUUUACUGGGUACAAAAACAGUAUUUCUUUUUUCUUCCCACUCAAAAUACUGUUGCAACAUCCACAGUACCACCUUAGGUACCAGAUCAGCGCAACCACGGCUGCUGCAGUAAUCCAAGAGUUGUUUAUAUCUCUCUGAUUGUUAUAUACGUAUGUUUGCAUUUGAGCCAGAUAAUGAUUGCAUAAAUUUUAAGGAUAUUUCAUGGACUGUAUAUUUGAUGCUUUAGUUUCAGGUUGUCUGUGAUUACUUUACGUACUUUGACACUGAGGAGACGUCCCAGAUCUGCUCCUGUUAUCACCCAAUACCUUCUUAAAAGCUAUAGAGAGCAUUUUCUGCCUCUUUACACACCCAUCGCCUUUUAUUCCCAAGUGUUCCAAGUGUGUUCGGGUCUUUUGUUGUUUUUUAAUUUUCAUCUCAUGAUUCUGGGUAUUUAUUAUUAAAUAUGUUUUACACCUGAUCAGUACAUUCAGUCUUUUUGUACGUCUGAAAUUGAACCGAAUCGGGAAGCGUCGCGCGUCCAUUUGAACGAUUUUGCUGAAUUGCGUAGCGUUUGUGUAGCAGGUUUAUUUGGCGUGUACGGGGGAAUAAAGGGUUUACAGGUCUCUCAGGUUUCAACACGUGACAACUUGCUCUUUCAGCUUUUCUAUUUAUUUCAUUGUUCUGAUGUUUUCUUUGUUGAAAGUGGUUACAGACUGUGGCAUACUGGAAGAGGCUAGCAUUAGAAUAUUUAAAACAGUUAUGAGGAAAAGGACCAGAUCAACUUUCUGUUAAUGAUGUUCACUUUGUCUCCAGUUUCUGCCAAGAGUUAUUUUUUACGGAUUUAAAAGAAAAACCAUGGGGUAUAAAAUAUGGGUAAUCAAAUGUCAUACAUUGUCCUCUUCCUUUUUUUUUUUAUCAUAAAUUGUAGCCAGUUUGGACUAACAACCAAUUUUUGUCUGGUAGUGGAGACAACUUAGUCCAGUAUGCAGAAGGAAAAAGGCUUGUUCUAUCCUGAAUUAUUUUGUUCUUCCCUCUCUUUCAGUUAAUUUAGACUUUUCAUAGCUUUGUCAGUUCUGUAUUUAACACACCUGUUCGCAAUUGUUACUUUAGUGUAAGUUAUAUUUGAAAAUGGAACAUUUACUGUAUUUCUCAAAUAAACUGCUGUGAUAUACUUGAAUAAAGGUGCAAACUGUAACUUUGAA